UCAAGCUUCCAAGGAGUGUCCGUUGCAGACCCCUACAAUGGGGGAGGAGCUGCUGACUGUUCUUUUCCAUUUUUUUAAAUCCAAGCGACCCUCCCUAAGAUUUGAACUUCGAAACCCUUGGCCGCCGCCAUCGCUUUCUAACGGCCUCCUUUACUCUCCUUCAAAGAUGACUUGCUCAGCUCCCCUUCCCUCUUUGUAAGCGAUUCAUUGUUCUUGCUCUUCUUUUUGGAUUUCUUGUUUCCCUGUUGAUUUUUUUUGUAUUUUGGUUCAUAUCUGAUCUCUACAACUCAAGAACUCUGUUGGGUAUCGUAAAUUUACUAAAUUAAUACUCAUUGAGAAUCAUGGGUUUGUGUCCUUCUGAGAAUCGAAUCAUGGGUUUGUGUUCUUCUGAAAAUCGAAUCAUGGGUUUGUGUUCUUCUGAGAAUCGAAUCAUGGGUUUGUGUUCUUCUGAAAAUCAAAUCAUGGGUUUGUGUUCUUCUGAGAAUGGAAUCAUGGGUUUGUGUUCUUCUGAAAAUCCCCGUUGCCAUGACUUCUAUGGCACUAAUACCAAGCCCACGCAAAAGGGUGAAGGAAAUGGUGGUGGAGGAGUCCAUUUUCAGCCACUUGGGUUUGCUAAUGAUAGCAAUAACAGCGAUGGUGAUGAGAUUUUGAAGCUUUUUGACAUACUUUCUUCUUUGAAAUUUGCCUAUUUGCAGUUUCAGAAAGCUCAUAUACCCUAUGAGCCAAAGAAGAUCAUUGUUGCUGAUGAACUUAUUGUAACUCAGCUGGAAGCUCUCUGGAAGAUCAAACGUGCAUUGAAACAGAACCAUUUCAAUGCAAUUGAGUCCAAAAGCUUACAACAUGAUGUUCUUAAGGAGAAAGUUAGAUAUCAAGAGAAGCUAUUGGAAGAGUUAAAAUCUAAGUUGGAAGCUCAAAACAUCGAAGCUCAUUGCUUGAAGCAACAGCUUCGAGAUUUGGAUUCAAGGAAUGAAAUGUUGGGUGAGAAAAUUAUGAAAAGGGGAGCAAGUUCUUCAUCCAUCAAUGGUUUUGAAGAAACAUUCAUUGCCACUUACAAAUCCAUUCAUGAUUUUGCUAAACCAUUAAUAGCUUUGAUGAAAGCUUCAGGGUGGGAUCUUGAUGUUGCAGCAAAAUCUAUAGCAGAAUCAGCUGUUUUCUUCAAAAGAUCAGACAAGAAAUAUGCAUUUGAAGCUUACAUAGCUAGAAGAAUGUUCUACGAAAUGUCGUAUGAGCCAUGGAAUAUCGAAGAUGUCAAGAAGUUUGAUGAUCCAAUAGAGUUCUUGUUAAUGAAUCCAAACUCUGAAUUUGGUAAGUUUUGUCAGAGAAAGUACCUUUUAGUUGUUCAUCCAAUGUUUCGAGAAGUAAACUAG